GGGGUUGGGGGAGUGUUCUGCUGUAACGUAAGGGUCAUAAAGCCACCUCAGAGGACUCAGGACUAACUGAGUGAGCACAUCUUUUUGACUCUGACAGGACAAAGAUUUCUUUCGGAAUUUAACACGCAGCAGCUGCAAUGAUGCAUUCACGUUCAUGGCUGAUAUUUAAAGCAGUAUUGGCUCUGCUACUCCCACCACCGAGCAGCGCUGACACCAACACAUUCCAAGGCGUUCACCCGUAUCCGAACAAAUACGCACGGAAUGAAUCAGAGGGAUGUCUACAGCCACCCAUCGGCGCUCUUCUCUCCCGCGGUGCCGCUUCUGCAGGCUCAACCGACGAGAUCCUGGAGUCCAGCCAGGAAGCGCUGCUGGUAACGGAGCGCCGUUAUCUCCGGCUUGACUGGUGCAAGACGCAGCCGCUGAAGCAGACCAUCCAGGAGGCAGGCUGCCUGAGCCGCACCAUCAUCAACCGCUUCUGCUACGGACAGUGCAACUCUUUUUACAUCCCGCGGCACACUUACCAGGACGGCAGCGUCUUUCAUUCCUGCUCCGCUUGCAAACCAUUAACCUUUAGCACCGUUACUUACACCCUCUUCUGCCCGGGACAGACGCCCAGUACUCGAAGGAAGAGGAUCCAACGCGUAAAACAGUGUCGCUGCGUAAAUAUUAAAACGGAUUGAACCCCAGCUGGAUGACACUGUCGUUCAUUAAUAAAAAAUGAACGACAAUAAAUAAAUAAAAAAACAGAGUCAGGGUACCGGAGUGAGGAACUUGAUGAAACUUGUUUAUUGUACUGCUGGAAAGAAGAUUUUAACAGACGUUUAGAGUGUUUUAGGUGGUCAUCUGCAGGUGAAAUUCAUCACAUGGACCCAGAUCUUGGCAAUUAGUAAUGGUUCCUCACAACCUGGGCAUGUCACGGGAUUGUGCCAUACACGGAUACAAUUAUUAGAUGCCAUUAUACCAUUAUAGUUCAAGAGGUUACUUCGGGUACCUUUGAUAUGUAUCCAGUCUGGAGGAGUGUUCUUCAAAGGCUGCGUCCUCUGUGUGGGAUUUCCCCCAAAAUUCUUGAACACCCUUGCUUUACAGACAAGGCUUUGGUUAUUCCUGUUGCUUGUGCACCUUUGUCUACCACAUUUCUUCCUUCCAUUUAACUUUCCAUUAAUAAAUAAAGAAACAGCACUCUAAGAGCCAGCUUCUUUAGCAAUUACCUUUUGUGGCUUCCCCUCCUUGUCAAGGAUGUCUGAUUGUCUGCUGGUCAAGUCAGCAUUCUUUCCCAUUAUUGUGUAGGUCAUGACAAAACAUUUCUGUAUUUAAAAAAAAAAAAUCUUAUUUGCAUUAAUCUAAUGUAAAUGUUUUGCUUUCUAAGAUAUUUAAUUUAGGUAUUCAAUUAGUUCCAAGCUAUUAUUAUCAAAACUAAGCAGAUGUAAAUGUUUAAAAUAUAUGACUCUGCAUGUAAGGAAUCCAUAAAUGCUGAGUGUUUCACUUUAAAAUGAAUUAUUAAAAAAUAUAAAUUUUUUAAUGAUAUUCUAAUUUAUUGAGUUGUUUCCUUUUAGUUUUUUUCUGCACUGCAGAACCUGAUGCUACUCUGUGUCAAUUUGUGACAGCUGUGAAUGAUUUGUGUACCAUGUAUUCUAAUGUUACAUGUAAAUAAAACACAAUUAAAAGGUAUUGUAUCACAUAA